GGAGAAAUUCUAUAAUUAUUAACUCCUUAACUCAAUUUAAAAUGUUUAAUUAAAUAAAUAACUCUUUGCGUCCCCCAAAUCUCAAAGCUAUCUACGUUGGUUUCAUGCUUUUCGGCAAUUGGCGGAACCUUAACUCAAAAAUUGGUUGAAUAGCUUGCCUACACAAAGAAAUGAGGAAAGACCUCAUUUACAUUUAACAACAAACCUGUUGAAGGCUGAUUUUGGUUGAUAUUGAUACUUUUCCCAAUUAUUUAAUGUGUAAGGCAUUAUUGUUUUAGUUCAUUUUGUCUCCAGUUAUGUUCUUUAUCUUCUAAAUGUAAAUAUUGUCCGGUGAAUUGGGCUUAUUCGGCUAGGCUUAGUUUUGCUCACUCAAGUCCUCUCAGUUGGUACCAGUUAAUAAUAGUUGGUUAUUUACUAACUGGUACCAUUCAAAAAAUUGUUACAUAUAUCAAGGCUCAGGGAGGCGUUCAACCAACUAACAUUUAAAACACUAGAUCUAAUCAGCCAACUUGACUUAGCAAUAAUAGAGUAGGAACUGGAAAGCAUCAUUUUAAGUGAAGCCUAAGCCUAAGCAUGCCUUCAUUUUCAUCAUUUAAAUAUUAAAUCAGCAAAUCUAUCUUUUAAAAGUUAAAACAUGUGGGUAAAUAAACUUAUGUCUUGGGCCAUUAAUUAUUAAAUAAUUAGGCAACUUAUGCACCAGUUGGUCAAAUUUAAAAGUUUGGUGAAAUGUGUUUAUAUUAUGAAUGAUAUAUGACCAAAGAAAUAAAAUAUGCAUUCAUCAUUCAUAAUCAUUGAAUAAUAAUGUAAUUGAUAAGGCAAUUAGUUGCAAGGAAUAGAAACCAGGCCCAUAUAUGACGGCAAAGUGAACAAUAAAAUAUAUAAACUAUAUAGCUGUGAGUUUCCUGACUCAGUUUGCAUUUAGAAUGUAAGUUUUUAAAAUAUUUAUUUUACAAUUCAAAGUAUACAUUAGGGUACUGGUAUUUUUAAGAAAAAAAUUCAGUCACCUUAACUUUAUGCCAUUUUUUUAUGUUGUACAAUCAAGUUAUGAAUAUUUGGAUAAAUAUCUUUUCAGUUACAGUCAUUAAGGAGUUAAAUGUAAGGAAGUCUUUGCCAGCUUACCAGCCAUGUUAUCUUGGCCAUCAUUAUUUAUAUUUGCUGGCACCAUAGUGUCCCAAAUAAAUCUGUGCAUCAGCUCCAAAUCAACGUCCUGCGGGCAAGGAAACUAUUACGAUAGCAGAAAGAACGAGUGUAAGAAAUGUUCAGUGUGUCCAAUCAAUCACAUCAUUAAGACCCCAUGCUCCACCUUUGAAGAUCAAGAAUGUAGUCCUUUUAGCUUUGAUGAAUUCUCUGAAUUUGAUACCAGUGUUUUGAGAGCCUACCCCACUGGGCACAUCAACCCUGGUGUCGACGAGGAGGAUAAUAUAAAGCCAAAAAGGUCUCACAAUAAAGUAACAGAUGACCACGGUCCGACCACUGUAGAGAAGGAAGACAGGGAGUACUGGAAAACACUGGCGUUUGCUCUGAUUGGACUGCUAAGUGUUCUCAUUGUCGUGGCCACUGUUGUAGUUUUGGUAGCCUGUCGCAGAUUACAGAAGGCAACAGUGAUAAAGCAGCCAGAUGAAGGUGACAUGGGUAUGUAAUAUAUAUAUUUUGGUUUAAUGUUGCCUUUUGAAAAGGAUCGUAUUUAGCAUUUGCUUUGAUUUCAACCUUCAGAUUAUAAAUGAAGACUUACUACUUAAACUCUGUUACAUUCACAAUUUUUAAGAUUGAAUGGACAUUUAUUUUGUGUGUGCAGUAGAUGUUAGAAUAAACAUGCUUUUGUUGUUGAUUUCUUUAAAAUAAAAUAACUGCUUCAAAUCUAAUAAACAAAUCUGUAGGCUAUUUCAAGUAUUUUUUUUUAAGCAAUGGGUAAAAUUUAUAUACACUAUUAGAUAUUUUUAGUUUAAAUUUUGCAAGCAAAAGACCAUAUUUCAUUUGGAUUUUAUUUUAUAUUCUUAGAAGAUGCAGAUUCUGGUUACGUUGUCAUUCGAGCAAUCAGGAAUAUUACUGAUCCCAGACCUGUGAAUGCAGAAUACAAUGUUUACUCCCGGAAAGAUUAUGAUGCCCACCCACCAUUGCUUUCGCCAUCCUACAACGAUCGAGAGUCGACAUUCGACCCAUCUGCCCACCUCCACUCUAUACCAGGCAGGUUGUGCUUUCUUCCAAAAGUGUACAAGCCACAGAGGCGCCUGCUGACCUAUGAUACAGAUGAUGUGUUUGAGUCUGAGGACAGUGGCGGCUCGUAUGUGGCUCCUGUCAAAACAAAGCUCCACACCAUUGCUGAGAGUUCCGUAUCAUUCAGUUCAAAAGCAAGUACCAUGAUGAGCAAAGAUAUGAAUGAUCAGAAUGUAUGAAGCUUGACUGGAAAAAAAGGAGCAAGACUCUCAUUUAAAUAAUACAUUGUUACUGGUUUAUUGUUAUAAGUUAUAGAUGUAUUUACAUUUUUUGGGCUGAUGGUAAGAUUUAACAGGUUUAUACAGUUGCACACCAAGUGCAUAAAAUCUGAAAAUAAAGAUAACAUUAGAGCAGUAGACUCUGCAAAGCUUUUGUUUAGGACAAAUAAAUCAAAAUAGCAGGAUACACAAAUAUAAAUAGCUAUUGGCAAUAAAAUUUAAAACAAUUCAAAUUUAUUGGCCGGUUUCUCAAAAGAAUCUGUUUAAGAAAUGCUUUUAGCUUUAAUACAGUAAUCUAUAAGGAAAUAUAUUUUGUGAACAAAAACUAGGGCAUAUUUUGUGAACAAAAACUAAAUGAAAGUGCAAUUUAAAGGAAUAACUCGGCACACACAUUUUUUCCUUGUUCCUGGUUCACAGGUGGUAUAAAAAUUGUUCCAUGAAAUAUAUUACAGUGAUAAGCUCCAUCAUACAGUCAUCUCAUAUACAUCCAAAGUCAUACACAGCAGUCAUCUCUUAUACAUUACAGUCAUCUCUUGUUUUUAUUAUUUUGUAUAGAUAUAUUUAUUAAUUUAAAUUAUUCUCAUCCAAAUCUGCAUUUCAGUCAUGAUUUCUCCCUAUCUAGUCUUAUAUUAAUGGCUGUUUCAAUAACAGGCACUAAUUAAGCAUUUGAUAAAUAUUUUUUUUAAUUUGUGACAGUUCUGUGCCCUUCCAACCUAUUCUCGUUUUUGUUUUCAGCAGAUUGUUGUGGUAAAUAAAUUUAAAAAUGUGGGAACUUAUUGUAAUUCAUGGCGAUGUACAGAUGUUUUUUAAAAACUUUUCUUAUAAGUAAAUUUUUAUGAUUUUACAAUAUGUUUAUGUUACAGCUAUACUCCCAUGGAAUAGUUUUAUUCUUACUACUUACGUACAUUUGUCUCCAAUCAUGUGCGCGUUUACAAAUUUGUUUUUAUAAUACUGCUUUAAUAAUACUUUAAGCCCCAUGUGUUUAUUUUUAAAAUGACUUCUGUAUACCCCCAGCUGAUUGUUGUAUUAGAGGAUUUGAAUUUUUUAAUGGUAACACCAUUUGCUAAAAAAAAAAUAAUUAGAAAACUAAAAUUAUCUGGAAGCUAAUAGAAAGAAAAGCAAAAAAUUACCAUACCGGUACCUUUCCUGAACCCUAGCUAGUGCUUUUAAAUUAUUUACAGAUUUAAAAAUUGUAUAUUAAAAAUUGUUAUUGCACGAUUUUAAUUUUCUUACAUUCUGCUUAGCAGAUAAACAACUCUCCAUUUUAUCACUUGCUUUAGUUUAUGUUAAUCUAUGAAGUUCAUGGUAAAAAAAGCAACAUUCACAUAGGAUAUAGUAUGGUGGUUUGUACUUUUGAUUACCAACUUUCCUGAUAGUUGAUAUAACAUUGUUGUUAUGUUCAUGAACGGUUUGUUAAGAACAAUAAUUCAUUCUGUAGAUAUCUGAACAAAUAUGUAAAUAAGUAUGCUGUGUAAAUUUACAUAUUUAUUUUCUUUCAGCAUGAGUGCAUAUGUUUCAGUUUUGAUAUUUUUAUUAAUACUGGUAGUUCAGAAACAGCUGAGUGUCUUCCAUUGAGAUGAAUUAAAUUAUAUGUUAAAAGUUUUUAAGAUAUAUUUUUUGACAUGCUGACAUACACUUAAAUUUAAAACAAUUGUAUGUAAAUCAUGCUUCCAAUUUCUGGUUGUCACCAACCGUCUCCUUUAUAUAUGAUAACUUAGAUGAAAUUUUGCUGUGAAUUUUAAAAAAGAUCUGAAAAUAUAGGACAUGAACAUUAGUCGACGUGAGGUUGCUGAAUGCUUGCCAUAAAAAAAAUAAGCUAUUACAACAAUUACUACUUCUGGAUAUUUGGGGUCUCUUAAUUGCUUAUCAGAUUGUAAUUGCCCUGGUACAUUAUUGAAGUUUUCUAUUGUAUAAACCAGAACUAAUCAUAGCAUGAAUAAAGAUGCUUUUUAUUAUAAAGGCUAGGUAAGGCGCAGAGAUUUAGGCACACAAAAUUAAGUCCAAUAUUUAUUUAUUCCUGAUUGUUUGUAAAUACAUACCUUAAUGAUAUACAACUCUUCCAUGUUUUAUUCUACAUCAUUCAUUUGAGUUACAACAUGUAUUUGAGCCAUAUUGUGGCGUCACUCAUUAAUUGUUUACUGUAAAAAUCACCAAUUCUACCAAACCAUGAAUUCUUCCAAGACUGUAUGUUUGAUUGUUACCUGGUUAUAAAUUAAUAAAAAUUUCUAAUAAAACAUAUAGUUAAACCACUUACAAGAUGUUAACAAAGUUUGGAAAAAUUAAGACUUUUCUGAUUUUUCCAUCUGUGCUUCUGCUGAAUUUCCAUUGGACAUAUCGAAAAUACAAAUACUGUAUUUCUAUGUUAAAACACUGAGUGAAAACUGUGUAUGUCUUAUGUGAAAUUAACUGCCAAAACUUUUUUGAUAAUUAGUGGGUUUUUUUACAUUUGUUUGGUUUGUUUUGUAGUUUUUUUUGUGUUUGUUACCAAAAUGUAUCCAUUUCUAUGAUAACAAUAAACUAAACUAGAGGGCAGGAAAUUAGAAAAUAUUUUAAUCAGAGUGCUUCAGGUUUGACUUGACAGAAAGACCAUAAAUAUAAAUCCUUGAAAUAGCAGGUGCCAGUUUGUUUACAGUGAAUUGAAAUAUGACAAUAUUUGUCUGUGCCGUCAUCGUAAGGUCAGUUAUUUUUAAGAACAAGCCAUUUUGUAUUGAACAGUUACAAUUUUUUUUCCCCAGUAAAUUUUGUCAUUGCAAAAUCAUAAGCAAGGUCCAGUUUUUUUUUGUGUUUUCAUCAGACACAUUUUUUUUUUUUUUUUUUGCAGAUGUUUUUUUUAAUGCC